AGAGUGACAGGUGCGCAGGUUCGGAAGUAAAGGAACGAGGGAUUCGCGGAUUCACGGACCUCGGACUUACAAAGACGCGGAGGCUGCAAUGGACGUAAACAUUGAGCAUCUCCCUGAUGAAAUUAUCAUUCAAAUUUUGCAUUUUCUCAGCAGUGAAGACCUCAUUUCCGUGUCAUGCGUGAGCAACAGACUCAGCGCCAUCGUGAGUGACAGGGAUGUCGUGAGAGAUCUGGACCUGAGAAGUAUUUACAAGUGCACCACAGAAGACCUGAAACUUUUCUUCCUCCCACGAAAAAGAUGUCACAACAUCCAGCACAUCAAUUUAGAGCAUGUUUAUUGGAUCAAGGUGCCAAAUUUUGUGGUGAAGCUGAAGAGUCUUGUGUCACUGAAGAUGAAAGGAAUUCCUCUGACCUUUUUGCAACUCAAGUGGAUUUUAACGUCUUGCUCAAAGAUUCAGGAUUUAUCAAUAAGCUGGCCAGAUGAUAUGGAGUCUGAGAAUAGACAGCAAUGGAUAGGUGGCUUUGAGGAAGUAGCAGAUAUACUGAAUGAUUUAAAGUCACUACAGAUACUGAUUUAUUCCAACCCAGCACCAAUACUGGAACUUCUUACACUUUGCAAGGGUUUGAGGAAACUCUCCAUUAGUAAUCAUCAUGCACGCUGCUACUUUUCAACUCCAAGGGAUUUGAACAGUCAUAAAUACAAACUAGACUUCCCACAUCUGGAAGAACUUGUGAUAGACCAUGCUGAUGGGGCUUUUCCAUUUAGCCUAAUUGUAAGCCUCAUUGACAGCAUAUCUCAAGGUUACAAUUCUUCAGCUGAGUGGAAAACCUAUUGGAUAAACACAGAAAUUCAGAUGGAUACAGAGCAUGUUAGAAGAUUGGGUAAGACUAUGACUUUCAAGAGUACUUCACGUUCUUUUUAGACUAGAUAUUUUAAGAACAGAACACUUAAGUGAUAGGCUGGAAUUUUUGUUAGUAUGCACUAUUCAUGGAUAUCAGUUUUAGGAUAAAUUUGAGGAUAACUUCUAAGGAAAUAUACUUUUUCUUGUAACCAGCCUCUACUCUUUCCAAUCUCAGGAAAGAAAGAAGUGGCAACUCAUGAUGGACUCUGGAGUUCUCUAAUUUGCCAAGUCUCAUUUAAGGAAAUACUGUGCAUUGAAGACAACAAAUUAAAUAAUGUAAAGAAUAAGAAGUACAGUUUAGAAAUAAAAAUGAAAAUAAAAAUAAAUGAAUAUUGUGUGUGAGUUUUAAACAUUUAAAUAUCAGUAGUAAUUGUUAGCUGAUUAACAAAGAAAGAAAAGAAAAGAAAAAAAAAAGAAUAUUCCAUAGGUGAAUUGCCAGUUUCCUUUCCUGAGACUGGACAUUUAACCCCAUACUGACAGGCCACGCCUUCCGGCGUCAUAACAAACCACUCGAUCUGUGAAGUGUGGCUGUAUGCCGCAGAGACGCACACUCCCACACUCAAAGUCGGCUCAUUGCCAAUAGUCUCCAGAGCAUACAGUUUUUUAAAAUUUUCUUCAUUUGUCAGUAAGGGGUUAAGGGAAGGGGGGUCACUUUGUUAGGUAGCUAGCCUAUGGUAUACAUACACAAAUAAGGAAACUACCAAAUGACUAUUGCUCCUCUCAAGAAAUAACAUAACUUAAGUUAUUUCUUGAGAGGAGUAAGGGCAUAAGCUUCAACAGGGAGACUAUAUAUGUAGGUAAUUAGCAACAUACACAUUUGUUUGAAUUUUUGCUCGUUGCAAACAUGCAUAUGGCAUAUGAUUAACUUGGUAAUAGUCUUAUCACAAAGUACACUAAAAGAGUUUAUAUUUAUUAUACACCCACACACACACGCGCACACGCACCCACACACACCCACACACACGCGCACACACACACGCACACACACACACACACACACAUAGAUAGAGAUAUAUAUAUAUAACAUCAUUAGAUUUAUUAUUAGAGUAGAGAUAACGACCUUUGGUAAGUGUCCAUAGUUCCAACAACCUGUUCUCAUUUCUUUGUUUACAUAUAUUGCAGUACCGUCCAGUGUUCAUAAUUUUCGUGUGCCUUGAAAUCAGUUGAUUACAUUCACGAGUUCAUCAGAAUGCGCAGGGCGUGUAAAAGCCUGAUUUAUAAAUUUUGUAUAAAAAAAAUAUAUAGUUUAUGUAAACCCUAGGAAAAAAAAAAAUUGGGGGUUCAUUGCCCCUCCCACUUUAUAGCAUGAAAAAGGGAAAAAAGGUAUCU